CAUUCUGAGAAAUGUCUGAACUUGUGUUUGAAUAAGAGAACCCAACUCCUGUUGGUGACUCCAGAAACAAAACAUUUGCCACUGAGAAGAAGAAAGAACUCAAGAAAUUGGGGGUGUGUAGGCUAGAGAGGUUUUUUGUCUUAUUGGCCAGCAAAGCAAGCCAUCAUCAAGUCGGAAGUCACUUCCGCUCGGGGGUGUACGCUGGAGAGGUUUUAUGGAGGGAAAAGGGAAAAUUGGAGGGAAAAAUCUACUAAGUUCCCUCCAAAAUAAUGCAUGCCUCAUAUCAAUUGUUUCUAAUGUAAGCUCACAGUCAUCAGAGCAUAUCGAGGAACCUUAUGAGAGGAUCACAAUCGAGGAAUCAGAGAGGAUCCCAAACAACAACCCUCAAGGAGAGCAUGUGUGGAUGAUGAACGACGUAGUAAGUGACUCAUCACAGAUCCCAGCAUGGUGGCACGAGGUAAUUACUGGAAAAGUGCAGCAAUUUAAAAGUGCAAAAGAAGUUAGAAUGGUUCUUAUAUACUACUCUAUAGAUAAGAAGUUUGCUUUUAAAUAUGUUAACAAUGAGCCAAAACGUAUUCGUGCUAUUUGCAUGUUCAGAAAAGAAACAAAAUGCCCGUGGUUGCUUUUCGCUUCACCAUUAAGCCAUGUGUCGACCUUUGCUAUAAAAAAUUUUGUUCCUCAACAUGCAUGUGGACAACAUAACAGCACAGCUGGUCACUUCAGAGCAUCAAGAAGGUACCAAAUAAAGGUGAUGGAAACAAACCCAGGCAGUGUCUUCACCAUUGAACAAGAAGAUGGGAGAUUCAAAUAUUUAUUUGUGUUGUAUGGUGCAUGCAUACAGGGGUUUCUCAAGGGAUGUAGGCCAUUGCUCUUUUUAGAUGAGACUUUUCUGAAGAAUCGUUACAAAGGGAUCUUAUUAGGUGUGACUGCUUAUGAUGGUAAUCAAGGCAUAUUUUCACACACAUUUUGCGUUUGUGACCAAGAAAAUGAAGCAAAUUAGAGUUGGUUUAUUCAUUGAUUGUGGUAUAUUUUGUACAAUCGAACAUAACCAUACAAUCUACCCCAUCCUCUAGUAAUUUUGUCAGAUACCGACAAAGGAAUAAAACAAUCUUUAAAAGAUAUAUUUCUAGAUACGUACCAC